UGCAGUAGUAAUAUUUUUUAUGAAACCCUAUUUUUUGUAAUCGUCAACAUUACCAACAUUAUUUUAUUUGCAUUGAAGCAGCAAGAAAUACAUUUUUAUAUAGAUAAUCCAGGUUUUUGUUUUGUUUUUUUUUUUUGUUAAGCUGCACAAAGAAAGAGUUUGUAGUAAAAAGAAGCACAUCUUUAAUCUUCAAUAAUGUCAUAUUUGUGCAGGUAAAUAAAUUACAUAAUAAAAAACUUACACUCUCUUAAUCAACAUGCUAACGCGUGCACAAUUCAAUAAUUUGGACUAUCGCCGUCAUCAAAUUGACACACUUAAAGUAUUUAAUGACAAUGUGGUCGAGGUUGUUGAACUGGAAGAAUAUUGCGUGCAUUUUGAAUCGGCUGCGCGUAAUUUUAUAUUAACAGUAUUAUUGACAGCCAACUUUCCCAAUGAACGUCCAAAGUUAAUACUAUCUCCAAGAGUGAGACAUUGUUGGGUAAAUCCUGUAACAGGAGAAGUGGAGAAAGCUCCCGGUCUGCUAAACUAUUCGCCACAUUCGGAUUUAGGCCGUGUUGUGCAGGUUGUUAUACGUGAAUUCGAGCGUUUUCCGCCGUCGGUAAUUAAAAACAGCAACACAGUCAGCAGUUCAAACCUUAUAUUGCCACUAUCUAUUAAUAUAUCCCACUCGUUGGAUAAUAUUAACACAGUAGGAGCUGCUAACAGUACAGUUUCCGCAAUGCAACAACAAAAUAUUAACAAUUAUCUUAGCCAACAAACAUCACCUCAUGAAUCAUCUUUAACUAAUAGUAAUCUACCAAAUCUUUCUACUCUCUCGUUAGAUGAAUUGAAAAAGCUAGACAAUGAUCCUGAGUUUUUUAAUGACUUUAUUCAGGAAAUGUCGGUAGUGCAACAAUUAAACGAAGAGCUCGAUUCUAUGAUUAAUCAGUUGGAAUAUAUAGCACGUGAAAAUUUAAACAAAGAAGGUCACUUAGUAGAAUUAAAACGUAAGCUAAGUGACGAUGUUAACACUUUAAAGAAUCUAGGAGAAAAGUGUGAUCAAUUAAAUAAAAAAUAUUUGAAAAAAUCCGAUGACUACGCACCACAACAUAUACGCGAAUUAUUACAAAUUGCCGUUUCUACAGCCGAUACGGAGUGCGAACGGCAUGUAGAACAAUUCCUGAAUGGCAAAAUUGAUGUUCAAACAUUUUUGCAAAAUUAUACACACUCAAAAAAACUUAGCUCUGAACGCAAAGCGAAGGAGGAACGUUUGGGUCAACAAUUACAAGCUUUGGAAAGAGCAGGAUUUUAAGAAAAUUAUUUAUGAAGAAGAAAAAAUAAAGCUAUACAUAACUCUUGCCUUUACAUAUAUGUUUGAUCCUAAAUCAUUUGCAAG